ACCUACCUCUCGGAGGACGGAGACACGUUGGUUCACCUGGCCAUUAUCCACUGCGUCCCAGCUGUGGCACUCUGCUGCAUCGCUCAGCUGCCCAGGGAGGUGCUGGAGAUCCAAAAUGAUCUUUUCCAGACCCCGCUCCACCUCGCCGUGUACCUGGAGCAGCCCAGCGUGAUCCAGGCGCUGAUCCACAAGGGAGUCAACCCCGGGCUGCAGGACCGCAACGGAAACACCCCACUGCACCUGGCCUGCGAGCAGCAGCACCUGCGGUGCGCCCAGCAGCUGCUGCAGGGCACAGCCCCGACGGAGGGCACAGCCCAGCCCCACGGGCACCAGCAGGACCUGCAGCUCCAGAACUGGCAAGGCUUGGCCUGUCUGCACAUCAGCACCUUGAAGGGGAACAUCCCGAUGAUGUCUCUGCUGCUGGAGAGCGGCGCCAACAUCGAUGUUCAGGAGGGCACGAGUGGGAAGACACCACUGCACCUGGCCGUGGAGUGCCAUGACCGCAGUGCUGUCCAGUUCCUGCUGCACAAAGGGGCGUACGUGGACGCCCAGAUGUACAACGGGUGCACCCCGCUCCACCUGGCCGUGGGCCGCAAGGAUGCUGCCAUCGCCGCCAUCCUCUCACACUCCGGGGCUGACACCCUGCUGAGGAACAUGGAGAAUGAGACAGCCCAGGACCUGGCCGAUGGCAACGAUGACCUCCUUGCCUUGCUGCCCUUUGAUGACCUGAAGAUCUCGGGGAAGCCUGUUGUGUGCUCUGAAUGAGCGGCUGGACUCCUUUGGCCCGUCGGGCUGCCUCCUCGUUCCGCGCUGUCGCCCUGCUGCCCGCUGGGACCUUGCCUGCCUGCAGUUCAGUGGGAGCAGAGCCACUCUGGGAGACGUUAUUCCCCCCUUCCCGCGUUGGAAAAGUUUUGUUGGCCUCAGGCUGCCUUCUCGGAGGGAACAAGGCGGCACUAUGAACACUACACAGAGGAGGCUUUUCUUUUACUGUUCGUGCCCUGCAGCAGGACUGAAUUUCCCCUCCCUGCCAUGGCUCUGAGUCGUGGGGGUCUCCAGCCUACCCAGGGAAGGAGCAGGCGAGGACUCCUUUUCACACCGUACAGUGGAUGGAGCAUCCUCUGGCACCCGCAAACGCCAUCGGAAUAAGUGUGGGGUGAGGAGAGCUAACACGCACUCUAAUAAACGUUUGGUUUUGC